GGUUGCAUUGUUGGAUGGGACUUAGCGCAUGCGUAUGCGAAUGUCCCUUUACGUUUGCACGAUUGGAAUGUGGAUUUUGCAUGUUGGUGUACAUAUAAAUAUGGAUCGUCGGGUGCUGGUGGCUUGGGAGGUGCCUUCGUGCAUCAGAAAUAUGCGAACGAUAAACGUGAACGAAUGUUNCCAAUGAUGCUUGUUGUACCACUUCAAGCUUUUCUUGAGGUAAUGUCGAAAACAUCUUUGGAAGAACUUCGAAAGAAAUCAAUUCUCUUGACGGGUUAUCUUGAGUUCCUUAUUAAUCAUCAUUUACAUCCGCAUUCCAACACUGGAAAAACCAACAAAGUAAGAUCUUAA